AUGUUGGCCGGCGACAGAGCGUUAGAAGCAGGGGAUAAUUCCGUCAUCGAUGAGCUGCUCGACGAGUUUUUGAACGAGGAGGCAGAGAAGGCGCCGGGGCUCGCCGCCGCCUGCAACUCGACGGACUUUUUCUCGGCCACCGGCGAGGACAGCUUCAGCGAUUUCUUGUUAGACGACGUCGGGACAUUUUUGACCGACGACUACACGCCACCCAGUUCAGUGCUAUAUAAUCAGAUGGAUUAUUCGUCGAUGGUCGCCGCAGAGUGUCGAGCCUCACUCAAGGCUAAUUUUUCUGGAGAUCAUUUUGAUUUAUCUAUGAAGGAUGCCAUCAGCGGUGGACUCGACGUGCCUAACGAUGAUUUGCAGUGGAUUUCUAGUAUCUUUGAUGAAGCUUCCUUCUUCAGUGGCGAAAACAUCCAAAAGACUCCCACCAUCUCCGCCGGCGUCGAUGAAAACUCAGACUCCAGGUCGCAAGCUGCCGAAUCGGAGGUCUCUCACCCCGAACUUGGCAUUAGAAAACCAGGCAGCAAGCGCCGCAACGAUGACUCCCCCAUAUCGACGUUGGAUUGGGAACUCGGUGUCCAAUAUGAGAAUAGCAAGGCAGCGAAUAUUAUGACGACGCUAAAGAAAAGAAAAGCGGCAUGCGGGGCAGCGGCGGCGGCGUCAGAAGGGCGCAGGUGCCUACACUGCCAGACCGACAAGACACCGCAGUGGCGCUCCGGACCGGAGGGCCCCAAAACGCUCUGCAACGCCUGCGGGAUGCGGUUCAAGUCCGGCCGCUUGGUGCCGGAGUACCGCCCGGCCUCCAGCCCCACCUUCGUGGGAUCGCAUCACUCUAACUCCCACCGGAAGGUGCUCGAGCUCCGACGUCAGAAGUUGAUCCUCGAUCAGGAACAGGAACAGGAACAGAAACAGAAACAGCGACGGCAGCUCCUCGGAACCUGCAGCCUUGCCUCCGUCGUCGGCCUUCCACCGGCGAUGCGCCCUCUGGAUGCGCUCUUCCACGGCCUGGGUUCCCGAGGUCAAUUUCAAUCUCCGGAAGAAUAA